AUGGCCUCCAUAAAGAAAAGGGAAGAGGAGCGCGGCGCCGGCAAGGAGGGGAAGGUACGUGGUGGGGGGUCGGAGCUGGACGGCACGGGCGACGAGACGGCCUCCGGGGACAACAGCAACGCGGGCUCGAGCGCGGGCGGCGCCGACGAGGACCAGGCGCGCCUGCGGCUCAAGCGCAAGCUGCAGCGCAACAGGACGUCCUUCACCAACGAGCAGAUCGACUCACUCGAGAAAGAGUUCGAGCGCACGCACUACCCGGAUGUGUUUGCGAGGGAGCGACUGGCCGCCAAGAUCGGGCUACCGGAAGCGAGGAUACAGGUGUGGUUCUCGAACCGGCGGGCCAAGUGGCGGCGCGAGGAGAAGCUGCGCAGCCAGCGGCGCUCUGCGGAGCCGGUGGCCGUGGCGUCGGCGUCGGCGUCGCCCACGACGCGCCUGCUGGCCGGCGCCGCCUUCCCCACGGCGGCCGCCUACCCCGCCUCCAGCCUGCCCGCCGACUCCUACAGCACAGGGCAGCCGCACGUGGCGUUUAGCAGGGACUUGGACAGUAGCUGCGGCUGUUGCAGCCCCAUGGCGGCCAUGCCGACGUUCGGCAUGUCACCGCCGCCGCAGGGCCCUCCGCCCCCGCAGGGUGGCGCGCCCGCCCCCGCGUGCGCGCUGUCGCUGGGCUACGGGGCUCGGCCGCCCGCCUGCAGCCCGGCGCAGCCGCCGGCGCCGGCGCCCGCCCCCGGGGGCGGCUACCAGGCGUCGCCCGCCGCUGCCGCCGCCUGCGCCGCCGCCGCAGCCGCCGCCGCCGCCGCGCUCAACGGCCACGGCCAGUACGGAGAGUCGCCGCCGCCGCCCGCCACCAGCAUGUCCAUGACCGUCGGCGUGGGCGUGGGCGUAGGAGCGCACUCCGCCUCCAAGGCGCCGCCGUGCUACGACUACACCGGCCUCAUCUCGCCCGGGGUGUCGGUGCCCAUCGCGGUCCCCGGGCCGGGCCAGCAGGCGGACGUGGCGGCGCAGUACUGGCCGCGCCUGCAGUGA